AUCGUUUCCCUUUUCUUUUUUUUUUGCUUGCCCCUGGUUCCUGCAGGACUCCAGAGUCGCGCAGAGCCCAUGCAGUCAACAAGGGAGAGGAGUGAAGCGCGACCCCGAGCUGGAUGGAUGGUUAUGGGGAAAAGAGGAAGACCCUCGGCGCUUGAAGUGUGCAGAGUCCUCGCCGUGUUCCUCUCGCUCUUCCCCUCCGUGAGUCUGCAGUGCAAGAUCCUCAAGUGUAACUCUGAGUUUUGGGCCUCCACCUCCAACUCGGGGCCGGAGGAGGAGUUCUGCACGGCGCUGCGAGCGUACAACAGCUGCGUCCGCCGCACCGCACGCACCUGCAGAGGUGACCUGGCGUACCACUCCGCCCAGCAUGGCAUCGAGGAUCUAAUGAGCCAGCACAACUGCUCCAAGGAGGGGCCCACAUCCCAGCCACGGGCCCGGACCCCGCUUCCUCCCCUGGCACCUCCGCUCCUGCCCGACAGCCAGGAGCGCUCCGACGGCCCGGAGAUGUGCCACUACGAGCGCAGUCUCCCUCGCAACACGUCGCCGCCCAACUACACCCACUGCGGCUUCUUCGGAGACCCGCACCUCCGGACCUUCGGGGACGACUUCCAGACGUGUAAGGUGGAAGGAGCCUGGCCGCUCAUUCACAACAAAUACCUGUCUGUGCAGGUGACCAACACUCCCGUGGUGCCCGGGUCUUUGGCCACAGCCACGAGCAAGCUGACAAUCAUCUUCAAGAACUUCCAGGAAUGUGUGGACCAGAAGAUGUACCACGCCGAGACCGACGAGCUGCCGGCUGCGUUCGCUGACGGCUCCAAGAACGGCGGUGAUCGGCACGGAGCCAACACCCUGCGCGUGGUGGAGAAGGUUCCUGGGCAGCACGUGGAGAUUCAGGCCAGGUACAUUGGAACCACGAUAGUGGUGCGUCAAGUAGGCCGCUACCUGACCUUUGCUGUGCGGAUGCCGGAGGAAGUCGUGAACUCGGUGGAGGAAGGCGAUAACCAGGACUUGUACCUGUGUCUUCACGGCUGCCCCGCCAACCAGCGCAUUGACUUCAGGAACUUCAGGGCGGCGGAGGCCCACAGCGCGGCCAGGACCAGGGGCGGCGCCGGGGCCAGCGGCUUCACCUACCAAUCUGCAAAGGCCAAGUGCAAAGAGCGUCUCCCAGUGGAGGAUCUGUAUUUUCAGUCGUGCGUGUUUGACCUGCUCUCCUCCGGGGACAUUAACUUCACCAUGGCAGCCUACUACGCCUUCGAGGAUGUAAAAAUGCUCCAUUCAAACAGCAACAGAUACCACAUCUAUGAAAACGAUGCUUUCACGAGGAGCGCAGCCGAGAGGAGCAAAGAUUUACUUCCUCUCCUCCUCAUCAACCUCCUGGCUGUCUGCUUGUGGAUUGAGUGUUGCACAGAUCAGCUCUAGUUCCGUUACAACAAUAUCCUCAAGGUGUAUUUGUCAGUGAGUGUUUGUACCAUCGCUGUGUUGUACAUCGGCUCCUCUCUCCCGCUCUGGUUUCCGUGCCGUGACCUGGGACUCGCCGGUCGGAUCGCCGCUCCCCUCAGUCUGGUUGUAGUUGUAUCGUCAUGUCUCGGCUUCAGUCUUAUGACAAGAGGGAGUCGGCCUAUCAUCACGUGUGUUUAACUGCUUCGCGGGACCGGGUCUUUGAAGAGCGCAGCGGUGAGAGAGCCCAGCUACCCCCAGAGCUCAGGAUAUCCACCUGGGAUUAAAUCCCCACAUUCUCACCGGGGCUGCAUGCCUAUGGGAAGCCAGACAAGAUGAUCUUUUGCAGAAAGAGGAGUUUGCUGAUCCUCCCCUCCCCCCUGAUCCCCCUCAUUGGUGCCAGGCCAGUGAAGCUCUCUGUGGCUCAUGUGGCGAAGCAGGAGGACCUGACAGGGGCUUUUGUUAACCUAAGGCCAGAAGCAGCUCUAUGUUUGAUUAGUUUCCAGCUUUGGAAAAGCCUGAGCCUUGUGGAGGAAGCACUCAAGCCAAAAGGAUGUCAGAGCAGCGUCUCCAGUUGUCUGCUGCGGAGAUUAAUGGGUCAUAUUGUUAGAUUUGUGCGUGCGUGUUUGUGCAGAAUUCAGCGUCUGUGGUUAAUUUUGUGUGUUUGCGGGUGCAGGAUUUCCAAGAAAUGAGAACCAACCUCCAGUAGGAGAUCGAGUCCCACGUCUGUUUGUGUUGCACCCAGAAUUUCAGAGGAGCCACAGUCUGCUCAGACAGACUCUGACAGCCGAGAGGCAAAUCCCAAAAGGGAACUGUUAAAAAUAAUCUCUCUUCAAGUGUACAUCACUCCCAGUGUCAUACAGCUUCUCCCUCCUGAUGUGUUGAUCAGACAGUGUUUGUGUUUUGAGUCUGUAAUGUGAAUGUAGCAACAACAAAAAAAAGCAAAAGAACAAACUUAGUUAAUGGCACUAAGAGCGUUUACACAGCGCAGAUCAACAACUCGAGCCCAUGACACCUUUUCGUGAGCGUUCCGUGAAGUCAACUCUCCAUUUCAAGAACCAGUGAUGUAGAUACUGAUCGUACUAGCUGUAAAGACGUCACCGCCAGUCAGUUUAGCAUUUUACUGACUUCCAGCGAGCCGACCUGACGGCGGCUUAUGGAGUAAAUGAUAAGCAUAUGUCUGUAGACGUGAUUUCGUGGCUUAAACCAUUGCCAAAGAACAAGCCCUUGUGCCAACACCUUCUCAGAAACGGUCUUUUCAGUCUCAAGCAGUUCACAGUUUAAGGGAAGAGAUUCUCCGUUCAAAAUAACUUGUGUUUGCGGGUGAAUUUGCGGUGCACAUAAAAAUGACAGUAAUGCGCUGUAGAAGCAGAACCUCUGUUUUGUCAGUCAUACCUUUUUUGCUUUUCUUGCGAUUUGCGAUAACGCUCGUUCAUUCGAACUUUGGCUCCCGAUGCCGGCGCCUGCUAACGUGUAAAGUCGUCCCUGUAGAGGCUGUGACUGCUCGGGCACAGUCAGACGCUCAUUUAACAUUUUACACUGAAGUAUUCGGCAGUCCUUACUACUGCUAUUUGGAAUAUGUACUGGUGCAGUUUGACAGAAACAAAAAAAAAAAUCAUGCAUACAAAUGAUUGUAAAGUUGAAUCUUGUGUUAAUAGGUGUAAUUUGUAUUGUGAGUUCUACAGUAUACGGUUCUACAAGUGUAAUGUGAGAUUGUACAUAUGUUUUGUGAGUUUCAAAUUUGUAUAUUGCCAGUUGUGUUUUGAAUUUAUCACAGUUUUUGUACAUCAGAUGCUUUGUUGAAUGUGAACCUUUUAGUUUUUUUUAUUUGAAAAGGGAUUUUUAUUUUUGCAAAAACAUGAACUCCACAGAUCAGGAUAUUCAAAAAGAGCAACACACACACACACACACACACACACACUCGCUCGGCUGCCAUCACUUUUUGCUCACUUGGUUAUCAAUGAAGUAAAACACCCUGAAUGCAGGCCAGCUCAUCUAGAAAAAGGAAGAUCGGACAUGCUCUGGGGUGUUCAUGUUUUUGAGUUUGAAGCACUUUAUGUUUUCUCUUUCAUUUAGCUCUUAUUUUGUUCGUCAGAUUUCUGAUAGUUAAAAAAAAAAUAUGGGGAAAAGAACAUAGCUAAAUGGGAAAUGCCAGAAAGAUCAAACUGUGUUUGUAUGUAAAGCGAUUUGGUGCCACAUGCCAGCUGUUUAUAAUGUAAAUUAUUUAUUGAAUAAAAGAAAAUGUCUUGUUAAUGUG